CACUUAUCCGUACUCAAUAACCCUUUCUUCUCACGCGUCCCUUUUACAAUACUCGUCCAUUGUGUGAGCGCAUCUUCGCUAAAGCGACGCGUCUUUUACCGAUGAAAAAUAAGCCUCGUACAACAACAAAGAAGGGAAAACCGUCCAGCAGUAUGGGUCGUAUCGUGUUCUACUCUAUCGCGUUAAUAGUUGGCUGUUGUGCGGUCGCUGUUGUUUUGUUUGAGACUGAAGCUGGUCAGGAGUUUGUCGCUAAGGUUCGGGGUAUUGAUUCGGCAGAUUCGCACGACCAUGCAAAGUCGAAAUACUCAGAGAAGAAGCAUUCGGAGAGUGAGAACAACGAGGGAAAUACGAAACGAAAGACGGCUGGUAAACAAAGCAGUGAAUCGCGAGGAGACGAGAGUGUUUUGGAGAACGAUAGAGACACGUCAGCAAAACAAACCGAGGAUAGAAACGAGGAUUCAGAGCGUAGCGAAGCCAGGGAUGAUUAUGUUGCCCGAAAUGAGGAAUCUCAGGAAGAGAACGAAGCUCGUGAAGCUGUGUCAGACGCCGCAAGCGAAAACCCCGAAGUAAAGGAAUCGCAAAUGGACGAGACCACGGCUAGCAAGGACAGCGGCGCUGCCAACGAGGAGACGAAACAAGAGGAGAGCGUGGAUGAGCAGAUUGGCAGCGAUGAACCGGUUGAGGGCCAACCGGAAAUCCCAGUUGAAGAAGAAGACAAACCGGUUGUGGAAAUGGAUGAACCUGUUAGAGAAGAACAGGUUGAAACGGUCGAGGAACCUGUCGUCGAGGAAACUGUCGAGCAAGAGCCUGGAAACAAGGCUGAGCCUGGAAACGAGGCUGAGCCUGGAAACGAGGCUGAGCCUGGAUACGAGGCGGAGCCUGGAAACGAGGCUGAGCCUGGAAAUGAGGCUGAGCCUGAAAGCGAGACAGAGCCUGUGACCGAAGAAACGGGUGAAGAAGAAAACGAGUUUGUGAAUGAAAGAGGAAUGGGUGACGAAGGAGUGAAUGAUGAGAAUUUGGAAGAGACGGAGCCGAACGUUUCUGAACAAGUGAAUGAAGAGGAACAGAGGGAGGAAAAGGGUGAAAUGGGUGUAGAGGAUGGUGGCGAAGUUGUGGAAGAAGAGACUAUCAAUGUUGGUGACAGUUUGGCUGAAUUGGAAGAAGCAAGAGAAGCUGAGAAAGUUGAAAUGAAGAAAAAGCAGUUGUUAGAGCAAGCGAAGAAAUUUGCGGAAGAGAAGAAACUGAAAGAAGAACCAUACGAGCCGAUUAACGAGCCAGAAGGACCACCCAUUGAUCAGAGUCCGGCAAAAAUACGACGAGGACUGAGAGGGGAUUAUGGACGAAAAGAUUGCAAAGAUUUGAACAAAAACUGCAAAGCUUGGGCUCAGGUUGGAGAGUGUAAGAAAAAUCCUGGCUGGAUGGAAGUGAAUUGCAAGAAGAGUUGUGACGUUUGUGGAUGCAGCGACAAUGAUGUAAAAUGCCCAGAGUGGGCGAGUACAGGAGAAUGUAAAAGCAAUCCAGAAUGGAUGAGAGAGAAUUGCAUGAAAAGCUGUGAAGAAUGUUGAACUACGAAGUUAAUUAUGCCUGCAACAGUUUAAAAACAAUUUCGUUUCUUAGGUGAACUACCGCGAACUAUUCUUAUAGGUAUUUAAGUUGAAAAAUCAACACGCGUGCAGGAAACAAAUUUUGACCUUUUAUAAAGAGAAUUUUAAUCGUGCCCAGGCAAAUCUUGAUCUUUAAAAGUUUGGUAGCAGUCACUGACCUGUUUACAAUAGUAUAUUACUUUAACUGGACUGCGUGCGCGAGGCCAAAAUGUCUCGGCAUGAGAGAUGACGAAUAUACGUCUCAGAGAAUCGCAUUAAUUUAGCACUUUGUGUGUUUGUUUUCCCGCGUGCGCAUGAGACCUAAAUUCGUCGUUACUGCGCAGAUACUCUGUCCAGAUGAACUAAUUAAUAUACAGGUCAGUGAGGGCAGCCAUGAUAUGCCUGCGAUAAGAACGAGACUCUUUGCGGUUCAAUUCUUGUCGAAAAACGUACGAGUUAGAUUAUUCGCAGCUAGAAGACCUUGCUCGUCUUGAAAAGAAUCUGCUGUGCACGUGGACUACAUGUGCGGGUAUAAUUUUGAAAAUAUUUUAGCUGAUUCAAUUAAAUAUAUCUGGUCAAAGUUGUGAUGUCAUCCUGUGGUUUAUAUACAGUCAUCUGCUUGCAAAUUGCACAAGGUUAGGCGCAGACGCUUUAGGAACACAACAAUUGCACCCAUACUAAAUAAAAUUCUGCUGUAAAGAACUUGUUGAAUUAAAUAAAU